CCAUCUGAACGGCAUUCGUGUUCAGGCACCCACGGUGACCAAAACAAACGCUUCCACGGGCAGCAGCUGCUAAAUCGAGAACGCAGAGCGUGCUAACGUAGAGGGGAAAAAAAAAAAAACAUUUCGUCUGUCAUUUUUAAUGUUUUUAGGAAUAUAACAUACAAGGCUGGUGUGUGCAGCUAAUUUAAAAGUAUACAUUGGUGUCUUACUUUCAUCUUUACUAGGGAAGCCUGAAGAUUCACUUUGCCCGGCGAUAUACACAACUGAUGGCGUGUGCCAAGAGACCAUCCUUACAGGGACCGGUGCCUCCUCCUCGCAAAAAGACUGGACUCAAAGCUGAGCUGACUGAGGAGCAGAAACAGGAGAUCAGAGAGGCCUUUGAGCUCUUUGACACGGAUGGAUCUGGAUAUAUUGACGUUAAAGAACUCAAGGUUUCGAUGAGAGCUCUGGGCUUUGAACCCAAAAAAGAGGAGAUUAAGAAGAUGAUCGGUGAAGUGGAUAAGGAUGGCACGGGGAAGAUCUCCUUUGGAGACUUCCUCAGUGUCAUGACACAAAAGAUGGCUGAAAAGGAUUCCAAAGAGGAAAUACUAAAAGCCUUCCGCCUAUUUGACGAUGACGAAACCGGCAGGAUCUCCUUCAAGAACCUAAAAAGAGUCGCCAAGGAGCUGGGAGAGACCCUCACAGAUGACGAGCUGCAGGAAAUGAUUGACGAGGCGGACCGAGAUGGAGAUGGAGAAGUAAACCAACAGGAGUUCCUGCGGAUUAUGAAGAAAACGUGCCUGUAUUGAUGGAAGUCUAUAUUCCUGACUAAACGGUUUGAUACGGAAAGCUGCUUUUAGAUUUCAUUCUCUCGCAGUUGUCCAUUUUACUUUUAUCAUUACGAUUGUUGUGAUGUGUCAGAAAAAGAAAUGAACUUCAAACAUAUAUUUAAAAUCCUGUCAAGGUCGUUGUACAAUCACAACAUUGCUGUCACGUUAAAGGCCUACUGAAAUGAGAUUUUCUUAUUUAAACGGGGUUAGCAGGUCCAUUCUGUGUCAUACUUGAUCAUUUCGCGAUAUUGCCAUAUUAUUGCUGAAAGGAUUUAGUAGAGAACAUCCACGAUAAAGUUCGCAACUUUUGGUCGCUAAUAAAAAAGCCUUGCCUGUACCGGAAGUAGCAGACGAUGACGUCACAAGUGUGAGGGCUCCUCACGUCCUCACAUUGCUUAUAAUGGGAGCCUCCAGCGACAAGAGCUAUUCGGACCGAGAAAACGACAAUUUCCCCAUUAAUUUGAGCGAGGAUGAAAGAUUCGUGGAUGAUAUUGAUAGCGAAGGACUAGAAAGAAAAAAAAAUUAAUAUAAAGUUUAAAAAAUAAAAAGACGAUUGCAAUGGGACGGAUUCAGAUGUUUAUAGACACAUUUACUAGGAUAAUUCUGGGAAAUCCCUUAUCUUUCUAUUGUGUUGCUAGUGUUUUAGUGAGUUAAAUAGUACCUGAUAGUCGGAGGAGUGUGGCCACAGGUGUCUUGACACCAGUCUCUGAGGGAAGUCGACGGCAGCUGCAUGGACGAAGCAAGCUCAGCUGAUCUCCGGUAAGAGGCGACUUUUUACCACAAUUUACUCACCGAAACCUGCCGGUUGACGAGUGGUCGGGAUCCAUGUUCGCUUGACCGCUCUGAUCUAUAGUAAAGAUUUACCUCUGGGAAUUUUAAACAAAUAAUCCCCGUGUGUUUGUGUGGCUAAAGGCUAAAAGCUUCCCACCUCCAUCUUUCUACUUGGACUUCUCCAUUUUUAAUUGAACAAAUUGCAAAAGAUUCAGCAACACAGAUGUCCAGAAUACUGUUUAAUUGCGCGAUGAAAAGAGACGACUUUUAGCCGCAAAUGGUGCUGCGCUAAUAUGUCCUCUAUAGUCCGUGAGGUCACGCGCACGCCUCAUCAUCAACAAGAAACGCCGCGGGAAAUUUAAAAUUGCAAUAUAGUAAACUAAAUAGGCCGUCUUGGCAUGUGUUGCAAUGUUAAUAUAUCAUCAUUGAUAUAUAAACUAUCAGACUGCGUGGUCGCUAGUAGUGGCUUUCAGUAGGCCUUUAACAGACUCUCGUUCGAUACCGCAUACUGUUGUGAAGAUUACUGAUAUUUGUCAAAUACUCUCAGUGCCUGCAUUACAACCGUACAACAUUCUUAAAAUAAUACCGGCAUAUUUAGUUUGUACAUUAACUUGUAUGAACUAGAGGCAUGCUGUGAAGACAAAGUCAGUGAAGGAGCGUAAUACAUCUUUACACAUCAUAAGGAAGCUUUGCCAUGAUGUGCACAAAAUGAAAAUAGCAACACUUUCACACAGCACAGAAUAUGGAAAAUUACAUGCCAAUUGUCUCUUUCUUAUGUGUUACAGCAGUGGUUCUCAACCUUUUUUCAGUGAUGUACCCCCUGUGAACAUUUUUUUAAUUCAAGUACCCCCUAAUCAGAGCAGAGCAUUCUUGGUUGAAAAAAAAGAGAUUAAGAAGUAAAAUACAGCACUAUGUCAUCAGUUUCUGAUUUAUUAAAUUGUAUAAUAGUGCAAAAUAUUGAUCAUUUGUAGUGGUCUUUCUUGAACUAUUUAGAAAAAAAGAUAUACAAAUAACUAAAAACUUGUUGAAAAAUAAACAAGUGAUUCAAUUAUAAAUAAAGAUUUCUACACAUAGAAGUAAUCAACUUAAAGUGUCCUCUUUGGGGAUUGUAAUAGAGAGCCAUCUGGAUUCAUCAUCUUAAUUCUCAACAUUUCUUUACAAAAAAAGAAAUCUUUAACAUCAAUAUUUAUGGAACAUGUCCACAAAAAAUCUAGCUGUCAACGCGGAAUAUUGCCUUGUUGCAUUUCUUUUCACAGUUUAUGAACUUACAUUCAUAUUUUGUUGAAAUAUUAUUCAAUAAAUAUAUGUAUAAAGGAUUAACUUGUUGCUAUUUUUAGAAUAUUUUGAAAAAAAUCUCACGUACCCCUUGGCAUACCUUCAAGUACCCCAGGGGUACGCGUACCCCCAUUUGAGAACCACUGUGUUACAGUAUGAACAUGGCUAAUAUUUUGAAUGAUACAUAGUGUUUUGUCUGUAUUUUUGAAUGUUUUGUAUGUCGUACUGUGCAUAAAAAAAAUAUACAAAUAA